AUUUGUUUGAGUGUAUGUAGUUGAAUAUACAUUGAAUACCUUGACAACCGGAUAAAAAAACUAUUCUAUAUUUGUAUUUAUUUUUAGCACAUAUCUUUUUUAUUUAUUCAUCACUGGAUUAAUCUCAUUUCCUCUAAUCAGAUAAAACUUCUCAAAUAGUCUUAGAGUGAAAACAAAUCUCUACUGUUCAGUAUUGUACUAACUAACUAACUAACUGACCAAUCAGUGUUGAAAUGACUAGGUCAUGAAUAGAAAAGAACGGAUUUAAAUCAAAAUAUUUGAUUUUGAUGGAUCCUUCAGAUGAGAGAGAAACAAAAGAUGAAAUAGCACAACCAGUUAGCAGACAGGAUAGUCAAAUUCUAAAAGAAAGUGUUAUUAAAAGUAUUUAUGAUUCACUUUCUUCGGCAAAAAGUCGAAAAGUCACUUUAAAUCAAAUAUGUCGUUGUUUACAAAUGCUUAAUCAAUGUCCUACUUCAGCUACUUUGGAUAAAAUCUAUUCUGAUUAUACACCUGAAGAUAUGGAAGGGAUUGGACCAGAAAGUAUUGCUAUAGAUUUGGAUCAAUUUACUGAAAUAAUUCAAACAUAUUCCUAUACAAGAGAGGAAAGAUUGAAUCAAUUGAAUAAUGCAUUUCUGUUCUUUGAUAAAAAUGAAUCUGGUGUCGUGGAUACAGAACCAAUGAAAACAAUGCUGUUAACUGUCGGUGACUGUUUUACAGAUAAGGAGUGUAAUGAAUUUUUUAAAGAAGCUGCACCUGGAACAGAUGGCAAAUGGCCUUAUGAUGAUUUUGUCAAAAGGCUAGUCGAUGCUUAUCCACGUCCACAAUCAAAGAAAGCGAGAUCUGCAGGAACAGGUAAAAAGAGGAGUGCUAGAAAAUGAUUAAUUUUUUAACUAACACUUUAUAAACCGUAAUGGUUUACUUUUUCAGGAACUUAUAAAAUGCUGAAGAAUGAUUAGAUCUAUGUUACGUGUAUUCAAUAUUGAAAUAUAUUUUAUGAUUACA